AUCUACACUGAUCAUCAGGGCACUGAUGAUCUGUGUAGUCCCAGCAGUGCCACCUGUCAGUGCCCAUCAAUGUCAGCUGUCAGUGCCCCAGUGCCACCUGCAGUGCCCAUCAGUGCCACAUCAAUGCCACAUAUCAGUGCCCAUCUGAGCUGCCUUUCAGUGCCACGUAUCAGUGCCACCUGUCAGUGUCUGUCAGUGCCGCCUAUCAGUGCCAUAUAUGAGUGCUGCCUUUCAGCGCCCACCAGUGAUGCCUGUCAAUGCCCAUCAGUAUCACCUACCAGUGCCUCCUCAUCAGUGCCCAUCAGUACCGCCUAUCAGUGCAGCCUAUCAGUGCCCAUCACUGCAGCCUCAUUAGCGCACAUCAGUGAAGGAGAAAAAUCACUUAUUUACAAAAUUUUGUAA